UAUGAUAAUUAUGAUAAUUUGCCACUCAAUUCAAUAAUACAACUUUGAUUGGGACCCACCCAAAUUAAUGUAACCAAUCUUUCACUCUCAUAAACAAGCUAUUAGUGUAACAAGUAGAACUAAAAAUGUUCAGACGUUAUCAAAACAACCAAACCUUUCAUACUAGCAACCACCCCAUUAAUUCUUUUCACAUCCUUUUUUACACAAGCCAGACACAAAUUCAUGGCCAUUGAAGAAGAAGACUUCAGCUUCCCCGCCACGGCUGCCGAUUCUCCACCGCGCUUCAUAUACUCGCCACAUGUAAAACCAGAAAGAUUAGUUGACAAAGAAGAAAGCAAAGAAACUUGCAACAAGAAUCAAAGAAAGAACUGUUCGACCGGUAUGAAGAUCGAGAGAAGAGAAGAAGAAGACGAUGUUGAUGAUGAGCUUGAGGAAAAAAUGGACAUGUUGUGGGAGGAUUUCAAUGAAGAAUUCUCAAGAAAACUUGUGGCAGAUUCUGGUAUGUCUUCAUCUGACAGAGAUGUACAAAUUUUGAGUGUUAAAACCUUAAAGUUGUCGAAACCUAAUGGAAAUUUGCUUUCUGGCAAAAAACUAAGCAUUUUAUUGCUUAUGAAGAUCUUGAUGAGAAAGGCUUUUUCUGUACAUAACAAUUGUAGUUCUAUCAAGAACCGAGCAUGAUGACUAAUCAAAAUUUGUUCACACGCUUUUCAUGCACAUUUGAGUUUGUUUUAAUUUCAUAUUCCACAAAUUAAAUUUAUUGAGGAUGGUUGAAGGGGUUGAAUGUAUAUCUUUUAGUGUUUCAA